UUUGAAAAACUUAGGCGCAAGUCCAGAGCGGGAGACCACGUGGCGACAGCUGGGAAUUCGACCGUUGCGAAGUGCUUAUUCAAUCCCUUCUUUAGCAGUCCCUUUUCCUUCAUUCUUUCGCCCUCGCUUUCUCUCUCUCUCUCUUCCUCUCUCAUGGCGAUUGCUGCGGAGAACCAGGUCCCCCAAGAGAAGGCUUCUUCGGAGGUUUCAGCGACGGAGACAAGAAGAUGGACGCUCAAUGACUUCGACAUCGGAAAGCCUCUCGGACGAGGAAAGUUUGGUCACGUCUAUUUGGCAAGAGAGAAAAGGGUUGCUUUGUUCUUGAUAUGUCGUUUCUUUGUUUGUUAUGAAGAUUGGCAUAAAUGGAGCAAUCACAUUGUGGCACUUAAAGUCCUCUUCAAGAGCCAGCUGCAACAAUCUCAGGUUGAACAUCAGCUUCGUCGCGAAGUUGAAAUACAAAGUCAUCUCCGACAUCCCAAUAUCCUACGCCUCUAUGGCUACUUUUAUGAUCAGAAGCGAGUUUAUUUGAUAUUAGAAUAUGCUGCCAAAGGUGAACUAUACAAGGAACUACAGAAGUGUAAAUACUUCAGUGAAAGGCGUGCUGCCACUUAUGUUGUAUCAUUAGCCAGGGCCCUUAUAUACUGCCAUGGAAAGCACGUAAUUCAUAGAGAUAUCAAACCAGAAAACCUCCUAAUUGGUGCUCAGGGUGAACUCAAGAUAGCAGAUUUUGGGUGGUCAGUACACACAUUCAACCGCAGGCGGACCAUGUGUGGCACCCUUGAUUACCUCCCUCCAGAAAUGGUGGAGAGUGUAGAGCAUGAUGCUAGUGUGGAUAUCUGGAGCCUUGGCGUCCUCUGCUAUGAGUUCCUAUACGGAGUCCCACCUUUCGAGGCCAAGGAGCAUUCGGACACAUACAGAAGGAUUGUACAGGUGGACCUGAAGUUUCCUCCUAAACCAAUUGUCUCUGCUCAGGCAAAGGACCUCAUUAGUCAGAUGCUUGUCAAGGAUUCUGCUCAACGCCUGGCGUUACACAAGCUUCUUGAACAUCCAUGGAUUGUUCAGAACGCCGAGCCCUCUGGCGUAUAUAGGAUAUAAUCUUCGAAUUCCCAACUGAGGAGAUAAAGGCAGUUGAUUUUUAUGUUCUAUGUGAUGUAAUACUUCCUUGUAUGAAUCUAUUGAUAUAAUUUGUUUGUUAAUAAUUCUU